AUGCAGGAGACCAAUGUAACAUCAGAAUUUAUCCUCCUGGGAUUUCAAAAUGACAAAAGCAUUAGGAAUUUUCUCUUCUUCCUCCUUCUUUUGAUCUACUGCCUUACUAUAUGUGGAAAUCUUCUGAUCAUCGUGCUGGUGUCCUACUGCCAGAACCUUCAAUGUCCCAUGUACAUCUUCCUCACCCAGCUCUCUAUGAAUGAUAUUCUGUUAUCCACAGAUAUUGUGCCAAACAUGCUUCAUACUAUAGUCAAUAUACAUGGGACAAUCACAUUUAUGGGCUGCAUCACUCAGUUGUAUUUUUUCAGUGCUUCAGAAACAUUGGAGUGUUUUCUUCUCAUGGUAAUGUCCUACGACCGCUAUUUGGCCAUCUGUGACCCAUUGCAUUAUGGUUCCAUAAUGAAAAUUUCUUUUAGUUUGAAGUUAGCAGCUGUCUCUUGGGUAUUAAGUUUUUCUCUUAUACUGAUUGACAUUUUGACCAUAUCUAAUUUACAAUUUUGUGGAUCCAAUAUCAUUGAUCAUUUUUUCUGUGAUCUUGCUCCACUACUUGAACUUUCCUGUUCAGAAACCUACAUUGUUCAGAUCGAAGUAAUCUUACUAAGUGUCCCUGUGAUCAUUGUUCCUUGCUUAGUUAUUUUAGCAUCCUAUAUUCACAUUAUUAUAACCGUAACACGAAUUCCAUCUAAUAUAGAUAGGCAGAAGGUCUUCUCUACAUGCAUUUCUCAUCUAACUGUGGUCUCCAUAUUUUAUGGAACUCUUUUCACUGUCUAUACUCUGCCAACCAGGGGACAAUCAUCUCACCUAGCUAAGGCUCUGUCCCUUUUGUACACAGUGGGGACCCCUUUGAUGAACCCUAUUAUAUAUAGUCUGAGGAAUAAGGACAUCAAGAAAGCUUUAAAAAAAAUGCUGAAGUAG